AUGUUUGUUUGUUUUGUGGAAUUGUUCACAGUGCCCCGCUUGCGUCGUGCCGUUCAAGCAUCUGGCAUUGUGAUGACCGCCCAGCAGAUGUGCGGAAUCAAUAUCAUCUCAUUCUACUCCUCGACUAUCUUUCAACUUGCCGGUGCGUCAAACAUCGAAGCACUUCUUGCAUCAUUCGGGUUCGGCCUUAUCAAUUUCGCGUUUGCCUGGCCCGCCAUUUGGACGAUCGACACAUUUGGCAGACGAGGAUUGCUACUUUUCACCUUCCCACAGAUGUGUUGGACACUUCUUGCAGCUGGGUUCUGUUUCUGGAUUCCCACAAGCAGCAACGCGCACAUUGGAAUGAUCCCAUUCUUCGUCUACCUCUUUGACGCAUUCUAUUCUCCCCGAGAGGGACCUUUUCCUUUUACCUACUCUGCCGAGGUGUUUCCGUUAUCCCACCGUGAAGUUGGAAUGGCCUGGGCAGUUGCAACCAAUAACUUCUGGGCUUCUGUUCUCUCGCUGACAUUCACAUGGAUGUUGCGAGCAUUUACUCCACAGGGUGCCUUUGGAUUCUAG